AUGGGGGCGUAUAGAGCAGACGACGAUUACGAUUACUUGUUCAAGGUGGUUCUGAUCGGAGAUUCUGGCGUCGGAAAAUCAAACCUCUUAUCUAGGUUUUCACGAAACGAAUUCAGCCUUGAGUCCAAAUCUACCAUCGGCGUUGAAUUUGCCACUCGCAGCAUUCAGGUCGACGAUAAGAUCGUUAAGGCCCAGAUUUGGGAUACCGCCGGUCAAGAAAGGUAUCGUGCAAUCACAAGUGCAUACUAUAGAGGUGCAGUUGGUGCUCUUGUUGUGUAUGACGUUACCCGUCAUGUAACAUUUGAAAACGUGGCGAGAUGGCUUAAGGAGCUUCGUGACCAUACGGACACAAACAUUGUGAUCAUGCUUGUAGGAAACAAAGCAGACUUACGCCACCUUAGAGCCGUGUCUUCUGAAGAUGCCAAGGCUUUUGUGGAAAGAGAGAAAACAUUCUUCAUGGAAACUUCAGCAUUGGAAGCAUUGAAUGUAGAAGAUGCUUUUACUGAAGUUUUGACAAAGAUCUAUCAUGUUGUUGUUAGGAAGGCUCUUGAUAUUGGAGGUGAUCCGGCUGCUUUGCCUAAAGGACAGACAAUAAACAUUGGAAGUAGAGAUGAUGUGUCGGCUGUCAAGCAAGGUGGGUGUUGCUCCUCAUAA